AUGAUCAGCCGCGCCAGCUGGCUCACAGCACUCGUUGCUUUGUCAACGUGGUGUGUCGACUUCAACGUAUACGACAACCCGCAUCUCCAGUGUUCCCGAAAGUGUCUCGACACCGGAGCCGAUGACCCCUACCUCCACUUCGACGGUGAAGGCUACGACAACUAUCACUGUUCGCCCAUCCACCUCGACAAGCACACCGACAAGCACACCGACAACCAUACCGACAAGUACAUCGACAAGCACAUCGACAAGCACAUCGACAAGCACAUCGACAAGCACAUCGACAAGCACAUCGACAAGCACAUCGACAAGCACAUCGACAAGCACACCGACUACCACACCAACAAGCACGUCGACAAGCACAUCGACAAGUAUAUCGACAACCACACCGACAAGUACAUCGACUACCACCUCGACAAGUACAUUGACUACCACCUCGACAAGUACAUCGACAACCACACCGAUAAGUACAUCGACUACCACACCGACAAGUACAUCGACUACCACACCGACAAGUACAUCGACUACCACACCGACAACCACCUCGACAAGUACAUCGACUACCAUAUCGACAACCACAUCAACAACCACUUCAACAAUCACUUCAAUAAUCACUUCAACAAACACGCUGAUAAGCACUUUAACAAACACCUUAACAAGCAUUUCGACAAGCACUUUGACAAGCACACCGAUAAGCACUUUGACAGUGUAGGCAAUGUGGCGAUUCAGUAA